AUGUUGGAUAAAGAAGUCGAGGAAGAGAUAGAUACAGUUGAAUAUGAUUUUGCUAUUCCACCGACGGGCCCCGUGAAAAAUUUUGACAAAAGACAUGAUCAUAUUAGAAGCUUAUUAAAUGUACCAUUAUUCGACGUCUUGUUAAGAUUCAUUUUCGAUACUGUAAUAUCCCUUUGCGACCCAUUUACUCAACCGGAGGAGACAGAAGACUAUGUUUUAAGUGUCAGUUGUAUAUCAGAUUUGCUUAUUUCUCUUCUGUACUCGUUUUACCGUGAAGCUAAGGAUGCACAUGACAUCGAAAUCGAUUCUAUCAAGUUUGACAUAUCAACAAAGUUCUUCACAUUGCUUCGACUAAUACAUGAUUUAUUGAAUGCGUCGGAUGAGUUGAAAUUGAGAUUCGUGGACAAUAGCGAAGGGAGUUGGAAAACAUCCCUUGCUGAGUGGACACCAAAAACCACAGUCUCGGGUGAUGAGCUCAAUUUGAAACUUUUGUAUUCCAUGGCAUGUGUUCUUGUUAUGUCGAUUCAAAAGAUGUUUUCUCCCGGUGCUGGAACGUCUAACCUAGCGAUGAACCCAUACCUUCAUUACUUGAUAAAACUUUGGAAGUGCCAUACCAAUAUCAUUUUGCUUGGUCUUGAGAUAGACCGCCGCAUCGAGUUUAAUAACCAGGAAAACAACGAAGAAGAAGAAACACCUUCGAUAAUAAUCCAAGUUUUGAAAGGCUCAAGCUCAGUGCGGUGCGUGCUUGCGUGGAUAAUAAACCAAAACCCAUCUCUGGCGAUCGAUUACGAUUUAUCUCAGGAAACUAUCAAAUCAAUUGCCGAUGGAGCAAUGGACUUGGAGAAUGAACCAAUUUUGAAUUUUAUCGAACCCUUGGCAAGAACCACUACCAAUGGUGGCGCAAUCCUGGUUGAUAUGAGGUUGGUCAUGAUAGCUUUGUUGAUUGUGUAUUCGGCAACUUCCUUUACCAGCGAGCAACAUCGUCCUAUAGAGGAGCCCUCUGUCAAUGAGGAACAGGCAGUAAGAAAGCUCAACAGAUCCAAGGGAAUAGCAGAGUUGGGCGACGUACUAAUUGAUUUAGAGUACGCUGACCGAUUUGACGAAGAUAUUAAGUACAUGCUCGAAUAUGAAAUAGACGAUGCUGAUGACGUAGACGAAAAUGAUCAAAAGAGCCUUGUUCCUGAUUUGAACACAAUAGCGAAGGACGAGUUGGCAGAACAAGAGGCUAUAGAUAUUCAAUUUGACGACGAGGGGCGAGACUGGCGGGACAUAGUAAGAGGCGAAAAUGUGCGCUUCAACCCAAUGUUCCUUGAGAAAUUUGCUGCUUUCGACGGUGGGCAAGAUAAAACUGAGUCUGACGACCUAUUCACAACAUGGGAUGAGUUGUAUUUUACUUUUGAAUUUCUCUCUGGGUUUUCUAUUGAAGGCAGUGCUGAGGCAGAAGCCAAGAUUGGGCAGCUGGUAAUUAAUACGAUAUCAAAGGCAAUCAAGGAUGAAAUAGAGGGCAGAGAAACUUCCAUUACUCCCGAUUUAAUUCACAAAUACUGGUCGUCUCCAGCUCUGGAGAAUGACAUCAAAAAGGCACAAGACAACAACAAAUUGCUCAUUCCCAUUUUCAGUAUCACUAAAUUUGAGCUUAUGCUACAGACCAACUCAAAAUUAGCGCGGGCAGCUAUGGAUGAAAUGCUCAUGUGCAACGGACAUCGUCGAUUAUUGAUCUGGUUUAUCACACAUGAUUUGAACUUGUCGAAUCUACUCAUAGAUUAUGUAUUUCAACUUGCCGUUGGACUACGAGGUAGUCCAGACACGUCCUCCCCGUACAUAUUUUCAAGACAAGGUGGCAAAGUCAUAUUGAGUGAGGUGGAACAGCUGAUGCUUUUGCAUGAGUUUUUCACCAAUAGUGCGUUCUAUUUGUCUGCGAAUGAAGGUCUUGAAAUUGAUGAUGGCUAUGAAGUAGUAUUGGCCGAAUCAAUAGCAAAGAAGUUGAUGAUACUUCUCUGUUUGAUGAUAUCGCAACUAAUGAAGCUCAAUAUCAUCAAGAUUGGUGACAAAAGCUCUAAAGACGAUAUCCAUAAUUACAACAACGAGUUACAAGUGUUAUUGAUUGGGUGGAUUGGAAAAGUCCCGGAAGCUAGACAAUUGUACUUUAGGAUUAAAAGCUUGCAAAAUGAGCAACGUGUAGAGACCGUUAAGGAUGAAUCGUCUAUUGAUCCUGAGCAAAGAAAAGAGCUAUUGGUGAAAUAUAAAGAUAUGACUGCUCUGGAAAUUGACGACGAUAUAGACGCUAAUUCCCUCAAUUCAAGAAUAAUUGAUGAAUUUGCUAGAAAAAUCGAGAUUGGUUUGUUGGCUAUUUUGAGCAAGGGAAAAAUAAGCAAAUCGAGUACUUUUCAGAAGGAUUUCCAUACGUUUAUGGCAAAUUUCAACACACUAUGCAAGAUUGAAAGGUUUGCCGAAUAUUUGUUUGAAAAGUUUGAGGCUGUUAUCACUUCUGGUGAUGUAGCUGAUUCAGGUAAGAGCUUGGAUUCUCCAGAAGCUGAGGAAUCAGAGGCUGAAUCUAGAAAUGCGGUGUCAAAUGGCGAUGAGACAAAAGGUAGAGAAUCUAGAAACGAGAACAAGAAGAAGUCGAAGUCAAAGUCCAAAAAGAAGGCAAAAUCGAAAAAGACUCGGUAA